AAAAACAUGAAAAAUACAUGUAUCUUAAAACUUGUUUUACUUGUGAUACUGUGCCUUUCAGUCGUGUUUGCGUCCACAAAGUACGUCUAUCCUAAAACCUUAUACUAUAAGCCAAAUCCUGUUGUACCAUUCUCAUUUGCCUCAUUCUACAAUGACCACAUGGUGUUACAGAAAGGACCCAAGCAGUCCAUUAUAUGGGGGUACCACCAGGCCAGAUAUGUGGGAAUAACGCUGAAAGUUAGCAACCAUGUUAAAAUCUAUUCUACAAUGACCACAAGAGGACCUUUUAUAGACAGGUUCAUCUGGAAGAUUGUGCUGGACCCAAUCAUUCAACCUGGGCCGUAUGACAUCACAGUGAGCACAAACUUCAAUGAAACAAUCCUGAUAAAAGAUGUGUUGUUUGGAGACGUAUGGUUGUGUUCAGGUCAAAGCAAUAUGGCGCUUAAGAUGAAUUAUGUGUUUAAUUCAACCAAAGAACUUGCCCAUGUAUCUGCAUACAAGAACAAGAUUCGCAUCUUCCAGGUUGGUGAGGUGGAAUCAGCUAGACCCCUCUUUGAUCUUGCCCCUGGUAAAGGAAUCCAGUUACCAUGGAGUCAACCAACACCUGAGAGUGUCUCUAAAUUCUCUGCUACAUGCUGGUUGUAUGGCCGUAAUAUCCAAGAUCACUUGGGUUACCCUGUAGGACUUAUAGAGACAUGUUGGGGUGGUACAUCAGUUGAGACCUGGUCCUCAUCUCUAGCCCUGUCCCACUGCAAUAUUGACUUGCACAAUAGAAUUCCAUUGGAGAUUGAUUUUGGGAGUAUGUCAAGGAAAUAUGUUCCCACAACCCCCUCCCACUUAUGGAAUUCAAUGGUGCACCCCUUUAUAAACAUGACCAUUUAUGGAACAAUAUGGUAUCAAGGAGAAGCAAAUGCAAAGCGCCCAGAUAAUUACAACUGCACAUUUCCUGCUAUGAUUGAUGACUGGAGGGGAUGGUUCUAUGCUGGGACACACCGUAUAACGGACCCAUUGUUUCCUUUUGGAUUUGUCCAGCUUGGCCCAAGCAGACCUUGGUCAGUUGGCAAUUUCUCAGUUGGAUUUCCUGACAUUCGUUGGCAUCAGACUGCGGAUUAUGGAUAUGUGCCAAAUCCAAGACUGAAAAAUAUCUUCAUGGGAGAAGCUAUGGACCUUAGGGAUGAUAAUGCUCCAUCUGGACCGAUACAUCCCAGAGAUAAGGAGGAUGUUGGCUUGAGGUUGUCUCUAUCUGGUAGAGCAGUAGCAUAUGGGGAACAAGGCCUGAAGUUUCAAGGUCCUAUGGUCACACAUAUAACUGAAUACAUAGCAGAAAAGACUAUGGUGCUCUCGUUUGAUAAUGGAAAACAUCCUAUUACAGUACGCAGUGUGGAUGGAUUUGAGGUAUUCUGGUUUACAUAUCAUACACAGGGAGAUAUGCAGGGCGAGUACUAA